UUCAGUAACGUCGCCAGCUGCUUUCGCGCCGCACGAGCGCCGCCAGAGCAGAGAGGUACAGGACCGCGCGCGCGCGUAAUUUGAGAGUGGUGUGUUGUGGAUGAUAUCUGAGGUUCGAAUUGAAUAUUUUUCGACAGGAAAAAACAAGGGGAGAAACUGUAAAAAAAUAAUUUGGGAUCGGCUGUUUUUAUCUUCUUUGAUUUGAUAAAAAAAACGAAGUUGUAGCAGAAUGGAUAACCAAAGCUUCGUCCCAGAUAACAUCCCCGCAGAUCUCGACAAGAGUUGGCACAUUCCCAGACCCACACUAGCUCGUAGCUCGCAGGGCUCCACUUCCAGUACCAGUAGUACCCAGAGUGGUAGAUCAGGUUCCCUCCUCCUCACAGCGGCGAACCUGGCCCAAAUCCACCAAAACCAGCAGGAGAAGCACGAGAGCGAGUCCAGCGCCAUGUGCACCCGAGACCAAAACAUCCAGUACUACCUGGAGCGGACCAAUCAGGACAACGCCUUCCUGGCGUCCAUACCCAAGACCAGCACCAAGAAGACCGACGAUCAGGACAACGUGUCCAUAGCCAGUUCGAUGCACUUCACCGUGGUGAACAUGAUCACCAGACCGAGAGUGCCGAAGAGGAGCUGUUGUAGGAAGCACCAGCUCACCAUUUUGGUCACUACCAUGUCCACGUUGUUCACCUUGGGCAUACUGGCCGCCAUAUUACUUUUAGAGAUGAGGGCGAGGAACCAAAGGUACUAAAACUAAUCCAAAUAAAAAGAUUUUACGCACUAGGUUUACGCACUUGUAGCCAUUGGUUCAGAAUAUCCCAGGAAGACAGACAUUCAUAAUUUAGGAAUAAACAGGAUUCUCUUAUUAUUUUAGAAUACUUUGCGAAAAUCUGUGAAAUCUUGCAAAUAAGGCCUACCAAUAAUAAUUAAACCCCCUUUGUGCCAUUCAAAUAUCAAAACAAAUGUUUAUAUUUUGAACCUUAUUUGGAAGAAAUGAUGUGCUAUUUAUUCUCUGUAUCGACAGAGAGUAUCAUUGUUACUUAAUAGCUUAGAUUAAAUAAUCUAAAAGAUACAGCAUAUCACAAAACAGUUGUUAUAUCUUGGGAAUGCUUAUAUACGGACUAUAAGUAUAGUUUAUCCAACGAUUCAGGCAAGAUUUUGACAGAUGACAUCCAAAAAAUGACAGAUACAAAUGUCACUGUUAGGAAUCCUGUCGUGGACGGAAUAUAUGCUGUAUCUUUUCUCUAUUUAAUCUAAGCGUAAUAUAGUGUUAUUCUAAACAAUGUACUUAGGUAUUCAUUAUUUUUACUGUGAUAUGUAAAAAGUUUACACUACUUUACUUAGUUUAAUAUUGUACAGUAUUUAUCAGGUAUUUAUAUAUUAGUUCUGUUUAAGUGUUUAAGCUAAUUUAGUUCAGGAAAUAGAUCUUUUGACAGAUUUAUUUCCCAUAAAAUUAUAC